AUGACAGCUAUUACCAAGUUGCCGUUCCCCAAGUCGAAGAAAGGAAUGCAACAGUUCCUCGGUUCUCUCAACUACUACAGUCACCUCAUCCAAGACUUCGCCGGCUAUGGAGCCGCGCUAUAUCAGUUGAAAGAAGACGAUUUCUUCGAUGGAGGUGGCUUGGUUGCAGCCAAAGAGAGCUUUUCUGCGCUCCAACGAAAAGUAGCUGACGCUCCUAUCCUACGACAUUUUGACGCGAAGAAGGAGGUACACAUCAUGCUGUACGCCAACGAGUGGGCGCUGAGUGCAGCCUUGAUACAGAUGCACGACGACAAACUACAUCCUGUCCGCUUUUGCUGA